AGCGCUUGAGCUCACAGACCCGGACGCGACGCUCACAGACCUCGGUUCCCCAAGCGUCUCAGACUUUCGCGGUCUCGGCAGUCAUGGAUUCUUUCAGUGACGAUGCAGAGCUGUCGUUGUCGCAGAUCCUGGAAGCAAUGAUUGAUGAGGAGGCGGGCCUCGCUGAUACUCCGGUGUUUCAGGAAGAGAAGCCUCAUUUGCAGCUUGAAGAGACACACGUGGUGCAGGAAGAGUCGGACGGAGCUGGCAGAGCUGAGUGCGCUCAAAACCAGGCCCAGGACGAAGAUGGCUGCCGCACCCCAGAUCGCUGUGAGAAUGAGCCACAUUCUCAGGUCAAUGGGGCACUGCGCACGCCGAAGAAGAAAGGUGAUGUCGCUGUCGAGCCACUUUCAUCCUCCAAGACCGUAUCCCUAAAACGGUUCGCUUCUGAUGUCGCUUCCGAUGAAGUGAAGCAUCAAGAGGAUCUUGAGUGGGAAGUUGUUUGGCAGCAACUUGAAGCCCAAGGAUGGCGCAUGGACUUCGGACCUCGAGGAAUGGGAGUGCAGGUCUACUACAUGCCACCUGGUGUAUGGCGUGGACCAGGCAAGAAGAACCGGAUUGAUUACUUUGAUUCGAAGAAGUUGGUGAUGCAGCUAAUUCAAGGUGCUUCGAAUUCCAGCCAGAAACAACGAAAGCUGGGAUAGCGAAAACAUGACACGAUGCAUGAUUACUCCGUCUGUAGGUGGCGUGGAUAUAGACCAUAGCAGGAAGUACACCCAGAAGGACAUUGUUUUGCAUACUUUCUUGUUGAUUUGUUUACAGUAUCAUUCUGCCACUUGCUACGUUCAAUUUCCUUGAUGCCGCCUCUACGCAAGUUUAAUGCCCAAGGCGUUUUCUUAUUUGUGUCAUGUUGCUAGUCUUGCUAAAAACCAAUUGUUUUAGGGAUAUAGAUAUAGGUACUUGUUUCUUGUGCUUUUUGCUGGGCAUGUGGCAACCGGGGUAGCAACCGGGGGCACGUCUCGCAUCCCGAUUUGACCUAUGGAGGUCACGCGAAAUCGAUUCGUCUCGCGUGCCCGAGUGGCUCUGGACUGAUAGGACGAUCUGGAGCUGAGGAUAGGAUUCGCAGGAUGCCGUGGACCAUUCGUUCUGGAAGGGGGACAAAGCAUCGCCGACUGGUUGCCUUGAUCCCGGCCGUUGUCCCG